CGCGGGGCUUCUUCACUCUAGCUUCCGAUGACGAUUCUGGAUGCUUUGUAGUCAGGCACACGACUCGAAACUUGCACUGCAUUCCUCCCCAUCCACCCUCACCACUGCACGCAUCGCUAUAAUCAUCUUGUCCGGCUGCUCCGCGCGCAUAUUUGGACCCUAGAUUCUCGGCUGCGAGGGAGCUGGGACGCAUCUCUGGGCGACGCGCAUCACGAACCCACCCAAAACAUUCACCCCACACCCACACCCACACUCCCAAACUUUGCCCACCAUGACGUCGACACCGCCUGCGCAAUCCGUCCGCUUCAGCGAGAUCAACCAGGAAAUUGAGCCCGAAGAGGCUGUAAGAGAUGUUGCGGAGCUCACGGGCACCGACAAGGCACAGCCCGAUGGCCCAUUGAGCCCCCAGGCAGAGGAAGACCUACGUAAUCUGUCGUCUACUCUACAGAAAUCACGAAUGCAGGCAAAGCGCAUGGAGAACUUUUCCUUCGAGCCUGUCUCACUGCCGCCCUCGCGAGCACCUUCCCCAUCUCCAGCCUCACGGACAGCUUCAGCACACUCAGGACACCGUUCCUCCAUUCCGUCGUCACCUGCAUCCGCCAUGCACUCUCCGCCGCUAACACCGGCGGGCACAUCAUCCCGCGAAGAGAGGGCUAACGCAGAGGGACACAAGAAGCGCCCCAGCGAUCCCGCCAUGAUGACGCCUCAGGUCUCGCCCCCGCACGAAGCUCCGCCAACGUCAAUGGACUCGUCCGUGCAAAGUCCAAACGAAAGUCAAUCUGCCUUACCAGUUCCUGGUUCUCCUAGGACUGCACCGCAGUCGCCUCGCCCCUCGUCCGAUCUGUCCGGCGUAGUCCAGCCGCACCCAAGACGUGGGCCUGCAUUUACAAUGGGCCCUACUGGCGACUCAAAUCCGGCUUCCCGGGAUGCUAGUCCGGCAGGAUCCGGAGGAGAGCGUACGCCAGGAACGUCGACUCCAGCACCUGGCUCCCGGCCAUAUACACCACAGGGAGACAGGGACGAUACCUAUGCACGCUCCAAACGCGCGGCGCAAUCAAGGAACCUGGAUUCGCUCGAAGCCCGGUAUAUUUAUGGCGGACGCGAUGGGCGCAACUCGGCAGCAUCAUCUAUAUAUCAGCUACCCCGCUCCAAAGGAACUGAGUCUGAUAAAGAAGAGAGCAAAAGAACGAGUAUAUUUGGAAAGAAGAAGACUCACUCCGAUGCAGAAGACAGCAAAUCGCAAAAUGGCAAACAACAUCAUGGAUCCAUGUCCGAACUGAAGCGCUUCUUCAAAAUCGGACACAAGAACAAGGACAAGGAUAAAGAGAAGGAAAAGCGCAAAGAAUCCCCUGCGCCGUCGGUCAAAAGUGCAAAAAUCAAGUCAAACAAAUCAGGGACUAUGACACCACCGAUCACGAACGGGGCUAUGAGCGUACCAUUCGCUGACGACCACGGCCUCCAGAGCAAGUACGGCAAGUUCGGGAAAGUGCUGGGCUCAGGAGCGGGUGGGUCAGUUCGACUCAUGAAGCGAAGCAGCGAUGGCACCACAUUUGCAGUCAAGCAGUUCCGGAACCGACACUCCUACGAGUCUGAAAAGGACUACAACAAGAAGGUGACUGCCGAAUUCUGCAUAGGCUCGACGCUGCACCACGGAAACAUCAUCGAGACUAUGGACUUGGUGAACGAGAAAGGCGCCUAUUAUGUCGUGAUGGAAUACGCACCUUAUGAUCUUUUUGCUAUCGUUAUGACGGGGAAGAUGAGUCGCGAAGAAGUCACCUGCUGUACCUUACAGAUCUUGAACGGAGUGACAUACCUCCACAGCAUGGGCUUGGCACAUCGGGAUCUCAAGCUUGACAACGUUGUUGUUAAUGAGCACGGGAUUAUGAAGAUCAUCGAUUUCGGAAGUGCUGCUGUGUUCAAGUAUCCAUUCGAAGACGAGAUUGUACUUGCGAGUGGUAUCGUUGGCUCGGAUCCAUACCUCGCUCCGGAAGUUUACGACCUUUCCAAGUAUGAUCCGCAACCGACUGACAUCUGGUCUCUUGCCAUCAUGUUCUGCUGCAUGACGCUACGUCGAUUCCCAUGGAAAGCACCGCGCGUAUCCGACAAUUCAUACAAGCUCUUUGUAUCCCCUCCCAACGAUGGGCCGAGAUCGAUCACAGGUCCCUCCAAGUCGGCCACUGAUCUUCAGCACAGCGCAGGUGACGAUCGCCGCCAAUCAGGAGUGCAAUCAGAACCUGCGUCUCGGCACCAAACUUCAGAGCAGUCCACCGACCAUCGCGCCUCAACGUCGUCAACGAGCCAGCAGCCACCGCAAGUGAUAAAAGGGCCAUGGCGCCUUCUCCGUUUGCUGCCCAGGGAGAGUAGGCAUAUCAUAGGCAGAAUGCUCGAGAUCGAUCCUAAGAAGCGCGCGACUCUUGAUGAGAUCCUCGAAGACAAGUGGGUCACUGGUAGUGCAGUGUGCACACAAGAAGAGGGUGGGAGGGUGCUCCGAUGUGACAACCACGACCAUACGCUCGAGCCAGGCGCAGGCGUCGCCUCGGCACCAAACACGCAACAAAAGAAAUGAGCUUCGUCCUGGAACCCGACGAGGGUCUCUUGUUAUUUUUCCAUAUUGAUGGCGUUUGGACGAUUAGCAGGCGGGUGUUUACAGGCUUUUCCUGUCCGCCUGAUAUAAGGUGUUCCGGCCCGAUUAGAAAGGCGGUUCUUCUCCUC